AUGGAAAGCAGACCAGAGACUGCGGUGAAACGUUUUUCAGGGGAAGGACCGAAUCCGCAGAAAGAGUACAAGCAGUGGAAGCGAUGGUCACGAGCUCAUCUGGUGGUCCAGAAAGCCAGAGGAGUCAGUGAAGAAGCACUUGGCUCCAUUUUGUUCACUCUGUUAGAUGGUGCAGCACUGAGAGCUUUCGAUUCACACGGCAUGGAUGAAUUGGAGCAGGCUGGAGGUCAGGACAUCAUAUACCAAGUGUUGGAUGAGCGAUUUCCUGAAGAAGCCACCCAUGAUCGGGUGGGGGAAGUGCUGGACAACAUCUUUGACCUGAAGGUGGAGAAGGGUGAAACUACGGCGGCAUACACUGGGCGGGUUCGUGCAGCGUUCACUGCGGCAGAAUCUGAGGGCAUCAAAUUCCCGGCGAUUGCCCGAGGAUAUUUGUUGCUGAGGUUUGCAAAGCUGUCACCGGAGAAGAAGGCAGUGGUGAUGGCAGCUGCGCGCCAAAGUUACAUUGAACAGGAUGUGGCAUCGGCUUUGAGGACAACAUACCCAGAGGGUCUUUUCAUGGGACGUCAGUCUCAUGUGGCUCAGGUGGACAGCCUGAAUGAUGAUGAUCUCAUUGAAUCCGAGGACGCUCCGGAAGAGGGCGAUGUGAUGUUCACCGAGGGCACCUUUGACAUAAACUCUGAGGAGGUUCUGGAGGAGCAGGAUGCGAUUGAUGUUUUGCUGUCCUGGAAGCAGACAAGGGCAAACAUUACCAAAGAGAAGCUGUCUCGAGCGCCACCAUCUACGGCAUCGUCAUCGAGGGCAAGUUUUGUGCUGAUGGCAAGGAGUGACCUGGAAAAUGACAAGGACGUGAUGUCAUUGGUGGAGGCAUGGGGGCAAGCACCAAGGGAUUUUUGGAGAACUGAGGGUGACAUGGUCAUUCGUGAACACGUGUUGCCAAGAGCGUCACUCUACAGUCCAAACUUUUCCAAUUGUCCGUGCCCUGCGCAUGAGUUGAGUCCUGCGCGAAAGACUUUUGCCGUGAGGGAGGAUGGCAAGACAGAGGAGAUUUACUCCCCAAAUUGGCGGAACAGGACAGAAUGCAGCAGAGCAACAGGUUGGUCAUGGACGGGAAAGAGCGUGUUUUACCGUCUGAAGAGCCAUGGAGAUGAGAUGGAAGAGGAGGAUUUGGCGAACACAGUGGAGGAGCUGAGUCAUGCCUAUCAAGUAGCAGUGAGUGAGUCAUGCCUGGAGCCAGAGUCUGAGGAAGAAGGAGAAGGAGCAGACGAAAGCUUGGUCGCGCUGGUGCAUCAACCUGGGCUUGGGGUUGUUGACACGGGAUGCGGACGUGGUUUGGUGGGAGAACAAACGUUGAAACGACACCAAGAAGCCAUGACCAAGUUUGGCUUAGACAUUGAAGAACUCACUUCACGACCCCAUACCUUCAGAUACGGUAAUGGGACAUCAGACACUUCUACGAGAAGAGUCCAAAUUCCAGUCUAUCUUGGAGGAGCCCAACUACGAAUGCGAGUUCAUGUCGUCCCAGGAGAGGUGCCGCUCUUGGUAUCAAAACGUUUUCUCAAAAGUUUGGGUGCAAAUCUGGACUUGGGGGACAAUCAUGUUCACUUCAAGAAGCUGGGCAUUUCCACUGAGAUGUUGGAGAAACGAGAUGGCUCUUACCAGAUCAAUCUGAGGGAUGUGAUCCCCAAAGGAGCUGAAACCAAGGUGAAUAUGGUGACUGAUCGACGUUGCCCUGAGACCGAAGGCAACGAUGGAGGUGGAGAUCAAAGUGAAGAUGAUUAUGAUGAGGCAGGAGCGUGGUGUGUCUUCAAAACUCUGGAACGGAAACAAUUGCAGGAGCAGUUGAGCGAGGUGCUUCCAGUGCUUGCAGAUGACAGCACUAAGCCGACCAUGAUUGAGAUCUUUUCACCUUGCGAGAAGUUUGGGGUGACAUGCCGUGGCUCCUUUGACCUCAGUGAUGGAUGGGACUGGAGGAAGAUCCGGUGCCGUGCCCGAGCUGAGGAGGCCAUUGAAUUGAUGGAUCCCGAUGUUCUGCUGAUAUGUCCACCUUGCGGACCACUGUCGAAGCUGCAGAACCUUACUCCUGCUUCAAAACGACUUGAUCCAGAAGCUUUUGCCAGGGAGCAGCGAAUAGCUGGCAUGAUGAUGGACUGGAGUGUGCGUAUGGCUUUGAAGCAGUUGAGCAGGGGAAAGGAUUACAUCUUUGAGUCAUCACAGGGUUGUCAUGCAUGGAAACGCGAGAGCGUUGAAAGACUGAGACGGGCAAGUUGGCAUCAACAAGUGGAUGUCCCAGCAUGUGCGGUUGGUUUGAAGGACAAGAGCUCAGGACACCUCUUUGGCAAGAAGUGGAGAUUCAUGACCUCAAAGCCAAGUGUUGCAGCCGUUUUGGAGCGACUCAAGUGCUCUGGUGACCACGUGCAUCAAGCAGUGGAAGGAUCAUCAGGUGGGCAGCUGAGGUCAGUUCUGGAAAUGGUGAGGGCUUUUCAAUGUGACCUGUGCAGUGCGAGACAGAUGCCCAAAGCGGUGCGAGACAGCGCUCCACCAAGAGAUCUUGCUCCACUUAGGUACAUUGGUUUGGAUGUCAAAUGGUUGCCGACAUGGAAAAAGGAUUACAAGAUCAAAGCAGCCAACAUAGUGUGUCGAGCGUCAGGUCUUCAACAGAUUUUUCCUUUUCGUGAAACAGAAACUUCAGAGGUAAUAGCCAGGUUGUAUCGACAGUGGACAAGGGCUUUUGGCCGACCGCGAUACAUCAAGUUUGAUGCGAGCCGUUGCAACUUAGGUCAGCCGUUUCUGGAUCUGUUGGAAAGGGAUGGCACGACACCAUUGGACAUUCCCGGUGAAGCACAUCAUCAAAUGGGAGAUGUGGAGAGUCAAGGGGGUCACUUUGAGGUUGCUUUGAUCAAGGUCAUUGAUGAGAUGAACCCUAGUGAUUACAAUGAGUGGUUGGAAUGUGUGGAUGUAACUGUUGAAGCAAGAAAUUCAAUCAUGAGAAGAGGUGGUUAUAGUCCUAAUCAAUUGGUUUUUGGACGUGAUCCUGAAUAUCCUGGUGAUGAUAUUUUGGCGGAAGCACCCAAUCCGAUUGCAAACAGUGCCAUCCUUGAAGAUGCGAUUGCUCAGUUCUCUCAUGCGGCGCGCCACUCCGCUCGAAAGGCAGUGCUGGAAUCCCUAGACCAUCGAGCAGCAAGAAUUGCCCUCAAUAGUAGACCUAGACCCCAUCGUGAAUUUCGACCAGGUGACGAGGUUGCUAUUUGGAGACGGGGAAGGGGUAUUAAAAAGUCAACAGCUCGAUGGAGGGGACCUGGCCUAGUAGCUGGUAGUGCUGGUGGAAACUAUUGGAUUUCCAUGCCCGGGGCGUUCGUCAAGUGUGCACCGGAGCAAAUUCGUCUGCGCACGACUGAAGAGCGAGAAGCCGAUCGUUUCCUGGUGAGAGAUCUCAGAGCGGCAUCAGCAGCUUUGUUUCCAGAGGUUGGGGUAUCAAAUCGUACUCAGAAAAAAUUUGUUGACAUCACUAAAGAAGAUCUACCACCAGGAGAUUUGCUGUCCAUGGGUUCCGAAGCGAUUCCCGAUUGCCGUGCCGAUUCCCGACCACCGCUGUCCAGCAUAGCUGAAGAAUCUCAACCAGUAGAACAACAACAUGGAGAUCAACAUGAGUCAAGUAGGUCAGAAAGUAGAGAGUCUUCAGGUUACAGCAUGGGGAGUUUGGGAAGUUUGGGCGAUCGAAUCAGUCAGAUGUCUGGAGAGGAACUUCAGCAAUGGAUGGAAUCAGCAGCGAGAGCCAACCAGCUGGACAGCCACAGUCUCCGGCGACCGGCAAGCACAGCGGCGGGCAGUGCAGAUCCAAAGAGAGCAAGAACGGAAUUUCAACAAGUUAGCGGGAUGCAAUACCCACCAUCUAUGCCAUCACCCCCACAAUCUGUUGGAAGAGCGGUCAGUGAAGGAGAUUUACCAUCAAGCAAUGAAAUUCUAUCUUCAAGUUCAGACCGAUCAGUUAUUCCAGUUUCUUCUACAUGCUCUUUUGUUCAGGAUUCUGCAGCACAAGCCACUUGUUUUUCCAGCAAUGAAGACACAACAGAUGUCAAUUUUGUUCUGGCAUGCGAUGAGACGGAUGCUCUGAUAGUGGGUGGCCGUAAAGAGAUCAACAUGAAAGAUGAGAAAUGGAGAAGUGAGGAUGGUAAACAGAGAAUCAUGCAGGGUUGGAUGAAAGAAUUCAACACGGUUGUUCAUGACAAGAAAGCUCUGAGGCCAAUCCCGCUAGAGGAAUCGAGAGUUCUUCGGCAGCAAUAUCCGGACCGAAUCAUGCCGAGCCGACUGGUGCUUACAGAGAAAGACCAAGAAGAUGGAACAUUUGUUGUGAAAGCACGAUGGACCGCAAGAGGGGAUCGAGAUCCUGAUCUGUAUUCAUUGGUAAGAGAUGGUCGUACUCAAGCACCUACCAUAUCGGCCAAUGGCAGAUUUCUUGUGCUUCAGAUUAUUGCAAGCCUUCGUUUUGUCCUGCAGUUAGGAGACGUCACUGGAGCGUUUUUGGAAUCAGAUGCAUUGUCACGAGAACAUGGCCCACUUUUCAUGGAUGCUCCACGUCAUGACCUUCCCGGAUAUGAACCUGGACAAUUAUUUGAGGUUAUCCGACCAAUGUACGGUUUAAAUGAUUCCCCACAGCUUUGGUUUCGAAAGUUCCGCAACACUACAACUGGUCUCAAAUGGAAGCAAUCGAGGAUGGAUCCUUGUGUUUUUCUUCUUUGGGAUGGGGACACUUUGGUAGGCAUCAUGGGAGUGCAUGUCGAUGAUGUUCUAGUUGGAGGGCAAGGGGAACUUUUUGAAGAAUCCUUAAAGCUGUUGAAGAAACAAUUUCCAUUUAGAAAAUGGAAGCUCCAUGCCGGAUCCUUUUGCGGUGCCGAGUUGUCCCAAUGCAAAGAAACCUUCAAUAUCACUGUGUCUCAAGAGUCCUUUGCAGAAAAACUUCAACGUCCUAAACUGCGUAUGAAAGACAGUCCAUUGUUGGAGGUGACUGAGGAAGAAACCUCAUCUCUGAAAUCGACUCUUGGUGGCGCUUUGUGGUUGGCCAAAGAAACCCGUCCAGAUCUGGCCGUACAGGUGAGCCAGGGACAACAGAUGUUGCCCAAACCAACAUUGGGAGAAGCGAGAACUAUCGGAAAUGUGGUUAGGAGAGCCAAGCAGUAUAAGCACUUAACAUGGAAGAUUUUGGCAAUUCCUCUUUCUGAACUCAGACUUGUUUUACACACAGAUGCAGCAUUUGCAAACGCAAAGAAGCAAGGGACUCAAGCUGGUUAUUUGGUAGGGGUAACAAAUGACAAUCUGCGCAGUGGGAAACCUGCUCCAUGGGCUCCUAUUACAUGGAAAUCAUACCGUUUGAAACGUGUUGUGGGAUCGACUUUUGCAGGGGAAAGUCAAGUGCUCAUGGAUGGUUUGGGGCAUGCAGAGUGGAUAGCUUGUCAUCUUGCGGAAGCGAAGUACAGAGAUUUUUCUUUGGCAGAAAGGGAGAAAUACAUGGAGAGCUUUGGGUUGCAGGCAAUUGUAGAUUGUAAGUCAAUUUAUGACCAUUUGCAGAGCUAUGCAUCACCUGGAAGCGUAGGAGACAAGAGAGUAGCCAUUGACCUUGUGAUUGUGAGAGAGACACUUCAGCGGUUGCAUGGUAGUAUUCGGUGGGCUCCUACAUGGAUACAACUAGCAGAUGCAUUGACCAAAGAAAAUCCUGAGGCCAUGGACAUUUUGAGAGCAGCACUGAUCACAAAUCAAUAUCACCUACAUGCUGAAAGCACGAAUAUGCAGGCCGCAGCUGAACAAAGACAGUUGCGUGUCAGUAGGAAGCUGAAGGUUUCAACUACUCCUGAUAGUGCUCAAGCAACCCAGGUGUGUUUUGUGUCAGGGAACCGUAGAAAUUUUGACAUGGUGAAGGUGAGUGCCGUUGGAUUCACGGAGGAGGAGAUUAGAGCCCUGUUUGAGGUGAUGGCCAGUGUUCACGCCAAGAAUGGUGAGGAUUACCUGCAGCACUUGCAACAGAGCAAGGCGAUGGUGAAAAUCAAGAUCUCCGCUCAUGCCAUGAACAGCAAGCUGUUUCGUGGAGAGGAGAACCUCAUCACUUUGACCUAUACCAAAUCAACGAAGAUGAUUGCGAUCACAGGGGGUGCCACAUAUCUGGACGGAGUGGAAGACACUUUGACCAAAGUGCUCAAGACCUACAAGGACUUGAUUCAGGAAAAGAUUGUGUCUCCAAUGCCAGAUGGAUGCGAAGGGUGGGGUCAGGCAUUGAAGAACCUCAUGGAUGAAGGCAUCAUGUCGUACUUUUUGCGUGACCAGGAGAAGCCAGAAAUGGUGGAGAAAGGAGACAAAGAUCGUCAGGUUUUUGUUCCGACCGACGAACCCUUUGUAGCUGCCGUAGCUGACCUGAUGAACGAGGGAAGCCGAAAGCUGCAUGAGUAUCCUUUGUGGCGCAACAAGUUUCUGUCCUUCAUGGUGAAGGAGUUCAACGGAUCACAUGACCAAGCCAUGAUUUUGGCAGGAAUGUCAGCUGACUUAGAGGAGGCGAUGAUGAAUGAGGAAGAAUGGGGCGUGGUGAGAGAUGCCCAGCCGAAAGCAAAGGCAAAGUCCUAUCCUGGUUACCGCCAGACUCAGCCCAGAACCAAGGUGGGCAUCGUGGGCACCACCGGCUGCGGGAAGUCAAGCCUUUUGUUGGUGCUUUUGCGCAUCCUCGAGCCACGUGCUGGACGGGUACUCAUCAACAAUGUCGACACCAGCACUCUAGGCCUUUCGACCUUGCGAAGCGCUCUGGGUUUGGUUCCACAGGACCCCUUGCUAUUCACUGGAAGCCUUCGUCACAACUUGGACCCCCUCGGUGCCUACACCGAUGAACGCAUCUGGGAUGCAUUGCGUUGCGCGCAUUUGGAUUCUUUGGUACGUUCAUUUCCUGGAGAGCUUGACUACCAGGUGACCGACGAAGGCUCCAAUCUGAGCUUCGGGCAACGUCAGCUCUUUUGCCUGGCCCGCAUGGUUCUUCGACAGCCCGCGUUACUUUUGCUGGACGAGGCUACCUCUGCCAUCGAUCCGCGCACGCAGGAGAAUGUACAAGAGACCAUCA